CAGGGGAUUCCCUCAGAGAUGCCCCUUGAAAUAUCUCAGGAGCUGCCUGCCUCGUGGUGUUGAUGGCUAUCUUUUUCCCUUUCGCAGCUGGAGCUCAGGGAAGCCUGUAGCAGCCGGACGGGCAACCCCGCCACCUUCCCCCAACCUCACACCGCUAUUAAUAGUUGUGGCCGGGCUGAGAUGUCAGAUUCCCUGGGCUCAUUGCAUCUCCUGUGCAAUGGAAAGUCUGAGGCAAAAAAAUGCCUCCAUAAAAAUAGAGCAGCUGGGAGGCUGGCGCCGCGGGGGAAGGAGCUUUGCGCCUGGCAACGCAGGCGUUGUGACCAGGAAGGUCGUUUCCGAAAUUCCUGCCCGUGAUAUUGGGGUGCGCAGCGCAGGGCUGCCAGUGCUCACAUCCAUUUGCUCUCCAACGUGGCAUCGCCAUCCCUCAGGUCAGGGCGCCUUCUGAGGACUGAUUGAGGGCUCCAAAUAGGUUCCUGCCUGAAGCGAGGUGAUGCAGGCGCUUCAGGAAAGCCGAGUCCAGAGGGGUUACUUUUCCUGUCUCCGUGUGCGUGCCAUUUUAAAAAUGAACGGAGAGACUCUGAUGGAGAGGAAGUUUUGACUUUUGCGGAAAAUGUCCAUACCAGGCCAGCACCAACGCCAAUGACAGGCUAGGUUCGUAGGCUGGCCGGGCUGUCUCCCGCACAGCAAGGACAUUUCAGGGUUUCGGCUUUCUUCUUCGUUCGUGUUGGGGCUCUCUCUCUCUCCCGUGCUCGUUCAAAGCUGCAGACUUUCCACAAUAUAACUAACAGCAGAGUAGAGCCUUCAGCAAUGUAUAAUGAAGGGAUGGGUCAGCCAACUCUUCUGAAUUGCGUGUUUUCAUCUGUGAAAUGUUGGAGGGCAUACACCUUCACAUUUGGAAAAGCUUCACAUAUUACACUUCUGCCUGAUAUGUAACUGUAAACUUCCAGGGGUGCAGGCAGCAAAAUCUGACAAUCCUAGGAGCACUGAGAUCCUGUAACAGAUGAAGAUAAUAUGGAGGAUGGUUGCUCUCAAAAACUGGCCUCUGCCAAGUACUUUCGACUACUGCUACUAAUACUGAUUCCAUGCAUCUGUGCCCUUAUUCUUUUGUUGGUGAUUCUUCUUACAUUUGUAGGUGUUUUGGGGGGGGAAUGCCUUUCUUCAAAUGGAAGUGGCUUAUUUGGCACUGAAGGUGACAAUGAGAUGACUAACACAACGGAAAGUGGUUCAAAUGCAAUUCCUUCCAUCAGCAACAAAAUGCAACUACCAUCCUGGACUACCAACCCAUCAUUUCAUGUUGACCCAAUACAUACAAACUUUAGUGUACGGAAGGGAACUGCCCAGGUUGUCUCUCAGACUCCAGCCAUGAAAACCAGUCUUACUGAUGAAAGGAUUCUGACCAAAGCUCCUGGAGGCAACAGCUGGUCAUCAGGCAAGAUAGAAGAAGAGCCCCUAUGGUCUACAGACACACCCAUAAAGGACAUAGACAAGAUAUCUUCUGUGCCUGUGCUAAAACCUACUAGUCCAUCUGCUGUGCAAGGAACAAAUUUGAAAAAAAGUUCCUGCAUAGAUAUCACCUACAGCCAGUGCCAUAUGCUGCCAUAUAACCACACCACUUUAACACCAGUCCUUUCCAUUGUCAAAAGCAUUGAAAUGGAAAAAUUUCUCAAGUUCUUCGGUUAUCUCAACCGCCUCAGCUGCUAUCAACACAUCAUGCUGUUCGGCUGUAGCCUUGCUCUUCCCGAGUGCAUCAAAGAUGGUGAUGACAGUUAUGGACUCCUGCCUUGCAGAUCAUUUUGUGAGGCUGCGAAAGAAGGAUGUGAACCUGUUCUUGGAAUGGUAAAUUCUUCAUGGCCAGAGUUCCUAGCAUGCUCCCAGUUCCAAAAUAAAACUGAAAAUGACAACACCACCAGAGUCUGCUUCUCACCAGAACGAGAGAAAGGAAAGCAAUUGCUUUGUGAAGGGAACGAGAGCUUCUUGUGCACAAGUGGAAUUUGCAUCGCAGGGAUACUCAAGUGCAAUGGCUACAACGACUGCGAUGACUGGAGCGAUGAGGCACAUUGCAACUGCAGUGAAGGCGUGUUCCGCUGCAACACAGGAAAAUGCCUCAACUACACCUUCUUAUGUGAUGGAUAUGAUGACUGUGGAGACCUAAGUGAUGAGCAUAAUUGUGACUGUAAUCCAAUAACACAACACCGGUGUGGAGAUGGGAGAUGCAUAAUAAUGGACUGGGUGUGUGAUGGUGACCAUGACUGCACAGACAAAUCAGAUGAGGUCAACUGUUAUUUGCAUCUACAACUGCAUCAGUUAGGCAAUGUGUUACCAGUGCUUUCUGGUGUGAUGGGGACAAUGACUUUAAGGAUGGAAGUCAGUGAUGUAGAGAACUAUAUCGGUUGCAGAGCUGGACAAGGUGCAGAAGAAGCAUGCCAUAGUCAAGGAUUGGCAGAAUGCAGAAAUGGGCAAUGUGUUCCCAGUGCUUUCCGGUGUGAUGGGGACAGCGACUGUAAGGAUGGAAGUGAUGAAGAGAACUGCAGUGAAAGUCAGUCGCCAUGUCAGGAGGGAGAUCAGAAAUGUACUUCUACUUCCUGUCCUGAUUCCUGUAGCCACUCUUCUCUCUGUGACAUGAAUAAUAGUCGAACAAAUUGUAGUCAGUGUGAACCAAUUACACUGGAAUUGUGCAUGAACCUACCUUAUAACUUUACUAAUUACCCCAACUACUUGGGCCAUCGCACACAGAAGGAAGCCUCUAUCAGCUGGGAAUCCUCUCUCUUCCCAGCCUUGGUUCAGACUAACUGUUACAAAUACCUCAUGUUUUUUGCCUGUACCAUCUUAGUGCCAAAAUGUGAUCUUCAAACAAAUCAACGUAUCCCACCUUGCAGGGCUCUUUGUGAACAGUCGAAGGAACGAUGUGAGUCCGUACUUGGGAUAGUAGGUUUACAGUGGCCAGAAGACACGGAUUGCUCACAGUUCCCAGAAGGAAACUCGGACAACCAAACUUGUCUAACACCUGAUGAAGAUGUAGAAGAGUGCUCACCCAGCCACUUCAAAUGCCGUUCAGGAAGGUGCGUCUUGGCCUCCAGAAGAUGUGAUGGGCAGGCAGAUUGUGAAGAUGAUAGUGAUGAAGAGAACUGUGGUUGCAAAGAAAGAGGUCUUUGGGAAUGUCCAUCAAGCAAACUGUGUAUCAAGCAUACAAUAAUAUGUGAUGGUUUUCCAGACUGUCCUGACAAGGUGGAUGAAAAAAAUUGCUCAUUUUGCAACAAAGAUGAGGUGGCAUGUGCCAACCAUGACUGUGUGCCCCGUAAAUGUUGGUGCGAUGGGCAAAUAGACUGUGCUGAUAAAUCAGAUGAAUGGAGCUGUGUGACACUGUCUAAAAACAGGAGCUCCUUGAUGUUACUGACUGUUCACAAGUCGGCUACCAAUUACCAUGUAUGUGCUGAUGAAUGGGAAGAAAAUUUAAGUCAUUUGGCAUGCAGACAAAUGGGUUUAGGGGGGCAACCUGUGAUGGAAAUGGUACCAGAAUAUGAACAGCCACAGCAUGCAAAAUGGUUGAAACUACACUCUGGCUGGGAAAGCAAAAAUGUGUCCACAUUACAUGCCCUUUUAGUGACAGGGUUGCAAUGCAGAAGCAGAAGCAUUAUUUCCCUUAUCUGCACCAAAGAAGAUUGCGGGCGUCGCCCUGCAGCUCGCAUGACCAAGAGGAUCCUUGGUGGCAGGACCAGUCGCCCAGGACGAUGGCCAUGGCAAUGUUCUCUGCAAAGUGAGCCAAGUGGGCACAUAUGUGGCUGUGUCCUCAUUGCAAAGAAAUGGGUAUUGACAGUGGCACACUGCUUUGAAGGGAGAGAAAACCCUGCCGUGUGGAAAGUAGUGUUUGGUAUCAACAACUUGGAUCACCCUUCAGUCUUCAUGCAGACCCGCAUGGUGAAGACUGUCAUUCUGCAUCCUCGCUAUAAUCGAGCUGUAGUGGACUAUGAUAUCAGCAUUGUGGAACUUAAUGAAGACAUCAAUGAGACAAGCUAUGUAAGGCCAGUCUGUCUACCCAGCAGGGAGCAACUUGUUGAGCCAGAUACCUAUUGCUACAUCACUGGCUGGGGACACAUGGGCAACAAAAUGCCUUUCAAACUUCAGGAAGGAGAAGUUCGUAUUAUUUCCUUAGAACAAUGCCAGUCAUACUUUGACAUGAAGACUAUCACCACCAGGAUGUUAUGUGCAGGCUAUGAGUCUGGCACUGUGGACUCUUGUAUGGGUGACAGUGGUGGACCUCUGGUGUGUGAGCAUCCUGCUGGACGCUGGACGUUGUUUGGCCUAACCUCUUGGGGCUCUGUCUGCUUUUCCAAAGUUUUGGGACCUGGAGUGUAUAGUAAUGUGUCCCAUUUUAUUGAAUGGAUUGAAAGGCAAAUCUACAUCCAUACAUUUCUGCUCCACUGAUUCUUCUGAAUAGAAAUGCUGUGCUGACUGGCAAAAGGCAAGCCCAAGAGCACCAGAAUGACGAAGAUAUCAAACUAAAGAAAUCUGGUGUAUUAUAAAUUCUAUGGGUUGCUGAUGACAGGUGAUGGAACAGCGUAAAGGAAUUUGUAAGUCUUCUGGCGCCAAAGGUGCUUCUGAAUAGUGAUCAAAUAUUUUUGUAACUCUUUCUGACUUUUUUCUUUAGCAAUGCUGUAUUACCUUUCACACACACACACACACACACACACACACACACACACACACACCCCAAAAUGUAUUAAGGAAGAAUCAACCUUUUGCUAAUGUAAUACAGUGUCUUUCAGGCCCUUCAAAUUAAGGGUUCUGUAGAGGUACUAGCUUUCUAAAAUGUCAAGAGAAGAAAUGUAUCUACUGCUAAGCAGACAAUUUCAGGCUCCAUCUCUUGCAACUAAGGGUCUAUAUAUUUGCAGAAGUUAUGAGUACAUCAGUUUCUAGCUUCAGCCCCACCUCCCCCCAGCUGCAACCUGCUUUUCAUAUGCUGGACUAGAUUUUCAUUCAUGAUAAUUGUUUUGAGACAGGGAUUCUCAAAUGGUGGAUUGGGCCCCCCGCUGUCCAGAGGCAGGAAUCCCAUCUGACAUCUCCAAGAUGCAGGGACAGUCAGCGGCCAUGGGAGGUGGACAGGGAGACAGGAGCAGACAACCACCUGGCUCUUCUGCUGCUCACAAUGCUAAGGGCAGGCACCACAGUGGCACUUCUUUGGCUGCCAGGCCAGAAGAAGGUUCCCUCUCAGGAGACAAGCCCUUGUCAGUUCUCCAGCUAUGCCAGCCCUUGACACUGUGAGCAGUGGAGGAUCUGAGUGGUGUCUCCUCCUGUCUUCCUGUCCACCCCCUCACCUUGGAGAUAUUAGAGGAGAGCUUCAGGACUGCUUUAAGUUCUCAAUGAUUGAUGCCUCUUCCUGACUGACAUCCUGACAAACAAAGCACAUGUGCAACAAAUGCACAGGGGAGGGGUGAUUUUAAUCAAUUUCCCCUUCCCUCUGUAGCGGACUGUGGCUCCUGAAAAUAUAUGCCUGUGAGAGAGACAACUCUCAGGGACAUAUUUUUUGGAGAGACAAUUGGCUGCAGAAGAAAGAGGAGAUCCACACAAAUCACUUCUCCUACACAGUGUGUGUGUGCUGCACACAGGCACUUCAUUAGUCUGGAUGUCAGCCCCUGAAUUUUGGAUUUGUGUGGAAGCUGUAUACAAAGAUUUAAGUGAGAAAGCUAUGGAAAUACUGACUCCCAGUUGCUAUAAAGUGCAAAUGCCAGUUAAAAUAAAGUUGGUACAUCAAAUUAAACUGGCAAUCUCAUACAUAAAGCCAGGGUUUGAAAAACUAAACAGGAGCAAGCAAGCUCAUCCUUUUCAUUGAAGAGAUAAAUGCACUUUAUUUAUCUUUACCUAAUGAAAUCAAUAGCUUAAAUAAUGUGGUUGUGUAACUUUAGAUAUUAUCUUAGGGGGUCACAGUGUCAACAAGUUUGAGAACAGAUUUAACUGCUUUAGCUGUUAUCAAACAAUGAGUAUCAUUGGGAACAGAUUUAUUGUUUAAGCCAUUUCACUCACACACACAAACACAUCUAACAAAUUAUAAACAAAACAAUAACAGAAAACAAAACAAUACAGAAAAAGCAGGCUGAUUACCAUGGCAACAGUAGCCCAGCAAUUUUAAAAUAAGGAUUACCAUUUAAAGGAACAACAGAUUUUUAAAGUAUGAAUCACCAAUAUAACAUAUUUGAAUAAAGUAAUUUUAGAUAUAAAAUGUUAAGACAAAUGACACUCUAUAAGCUAUGAUUAGAUCUUUGACCUCUAAUGGAUAAUAAGUCUUGUUCUCCAUUAGGAAACAGUCUUGCCUAAAAUGUAUGACGGGUUUAUCUCUAAAAGGGUUUCAAAGGGAAUAUUCUAGGAGGUAAUGCAGAAGAUCUUCUACCUUCUUGGCACGGCCCACAUGUAACCUAUGGUGAAAUAUACUUUCUCCCAAUUGUCCCAGGUGCCACUUCCCCAAAUGGAUUUUAUUCCUUUUUGGCCAUGAGGCAGAUCAAGCAACAAAAAUUGAUUGGAGGCUGCCAUCUUGCGUCUUCCUGCUGCCUUCAAAUGACCUUUAUCUUAGCAGACACUGUUAUUUCUCUCAGCAGGUUUCAAGGCUUAGCAACAAAUUUCCAGCUAGAAAGAGAAGAUGUAUGUAGUUCACAUAAGAAGCAUUCUGAAGGGCAAGCCCUGAGCCAGUGCCCGCUUGGUCUUUUGUCAGGGAGGAGGCACCACAAGGCCAUCCUGUAGAUGCUUUUUCUUUCUUGUGUAUCACACACUGUUCUUGCCACUGUGCCUUGGACGUGAUCCAGAGAAUCAGUGCAGCAUACCAAGACCAUCUUGUGAGUGAUGACUGAUUAGUAAGACACAACCCACAGAUCCUUCCAUUUGUAAUAUUCCUCCAGGGAGUGAAGCCUUAAACUAACAAAGAACUCCUUUGACCUUGGGGACUAGAACUAAAAUUUAUUUGUCUCCACACACAGUAAGAAUAGUGGAGAAUUUUUUCAGCAGGCACAGGGUACUGGACUGCAGUAGAUUACUUACCUCAAAAGUGGCCUCCUUUGUGUUUUCCUUCUUCUGUCGGUUCUUGGAAGGGUAUUCAAAAAGACCCAGGCAGAAGCACGGAUAAUAUUGGUGGUGCUUCACUGCAUCACAGACCCUAGUUUCCAAACGUCCAAGAUAUGAAAUGAAAUCACUUUUAAAACUUGAGACAUACCUACAAUUUCUAGUUCAGAGGCACUUUCCCCUCUCAGUCCUUGUAUGCUGAAGUUGAUUGCAUGGCGCUUGAGUAAAGGGCAUAUGAGUCUUUAGAGUGUUCUUACAAGUAGAUUCUUAUGGCAUUCUGUAGAUAAUUCACCAAUAGGAUUUUCAAUACACCAUGGAGAAUUUUUAUAGGAUAGUAGUGCAUGGACCUUAAAUUAUGUUCAGUCAAAGUGAAGAUUUGUCAUAUGCUGGAUUUAUUUAUUAAUUUGCUGCAAGAUAGCCAUGAGACGUCUUAAACCAAACACUUUCUAGAGGCAGGUGACUACACUGGCAAGUGCCUUCUGUCACUGAACCCAGGGAAUCUCCAUAUACCCAGUGUGCCAUGCUUCUUAAGGGCAAAUGCUCCCCUUUCCAUCCCAUGGCUCAUAGGUUUCCUUGUGGAAUCUGUAUUUGGUCCUAAAAGCUCCAGCUAAAUCAUUUUACUUAGUAUCAUUGUAUAUCCUUUAUACUAAGGUAGCUUUUCUCAUUGCCAUGGGUAUCCAAACUGGGGACUUCACUUUAUGUCUCCAACCCAGAUUUGCAUAGUUCCUAAUGAUGAGACUGUGCUGUAACCAAACCAUCAGCUCUAAGCACAAGGUGAUUUCUGUUUCAUCAUUCUAAGGAUCUAGAUGGUCUUGCCGUCAUUUUAUCCUAACCCACAGCAUCCACAAGGGGUAGGGGAAAGCAGAGCACACACUAGACCAGGGCUGCAGAUGAGAGCUUUGCCCUCCUGCAGAUGUUGGACUUCAACUCCUAUCAUCCCUGACUAUUGGCCACUGUGGCUGGGAAUGAUGGGAGUUGUACUCCAAAAGCAGUUGGAGGGCCCAAGUUGUUCAGGCCUAUAUUAGACAUUAGGAGAGCACUUCAGUUUUUCAGCUUCAGGCUAUGUCCUUUUGGAACAAACACUUAUUGUUAACUGUCAUGGGCUAAAUAUAGGCAAAAAAGCUUUGACAGCAUCUGUAGGGAAAAAUGGCAUUCAUUAAGGAAGCCUAUAAGGUCUCUGGGGCUUUCCCUUCACCAGAGGUUAAAGUCGACUCUACAAGGGGCAGCAGCUUCUUGGGAAGAGGUAUAGAGGGCAGCCACUUGGGCAUCCUUCCUUUGUGAGGCAUCACUGAACAGAAGCCCUUGCCUCAGCUGAGGCUGCACUCUGGCAUAAGCUGUUCUUGACUUGGGAGGCCAUCGUGGAACCAUCACUGAUUUUGUCAAUGCAGUUUGUCCCACCCUCAUAGGGCUGCACGGCUUUAUUUUGCCACAUCUUGUGGAGUGGCCCCUGAAACAAUAACAAGAGAAUUGGGCUGUUUGCAAUUCUCUCUUGAAGAACCACAGAGGCCGUACACUGGAACAGUGCACAGCAGAUGCUGCUCUAAGACUAUAUAAAGAAGUCAGAAAGAUGUUUUUUAAACCAUGGCAAUGGGAGCGGGGGGUGGUGUCAAAUUUUAUAGCAAGCUCAGGCCUGCUGGACUGACACAUAGUCCAGACUGUUGAUAGACUAGAACUGGUAACCUCUGUUCUUCUCUUUUGAUGCACUUGUAGUGUGUAACAAACACGGUCCACCACUGUAUUGCUAAAUGUUACUAUUUAUGUGGAUUGAAAAGUUAUAUUUCAUUUGCCAUUGUAUCUCACUUUCUCAAUGACGAAGAAACCCCUAUGACUUUACAUGUUUUGUGUUCAUCCUGUGAGACUGGGAGACAAAAAAACAAACACCCCAGAGUAAACUUCUCCCCAGGAAUUCAGAGUAUUGGAUUUCAACAGAACACAGUAGUUUACGUUCUUCAUUAUCCUGAAUAGAUAAUGGUCUGAACCACAAACCACUUAAGACCAAAGGCCCAAUUCACUCUGACAAAUUCUUCAAUGAGACUCUGUGUGUGGGUACAACUAGUGCAAUGGAGAUAGAUCAUGUAAACCAGACUCUGCAUAGCUCUCAUCUUCAUGAUAGCAGCUGUUAAAAAAAAAUGCAGCUGUGAUCCCUGAAAAGACUGCCCUGUAUGUACAGCCUGUUCCUUACUAACAUUUCUUCACACAAGCCCUAUUCAGACAUUUUGGUGUACAUGCCUAAAGGUGUCUGUACACAUGGAUGUUUUUGUGUGACUGGCUCUACAUGUGUUCACUUGUAGAGGACCGGGAUACAGCUCCCUCAUGGCACAGAUAGUCCUACGUGCUACAGAGUACUGCAUGCGCACUGAACGUAAUGUGUGCAUAACUGUAUAUGCAUACAGAUCUAUACAUGUGUACUCUGGCUGACAUUCAGACUAAUGCUGCAUCAAAGUGCCAGCAUUUUCCCUUGUGCAAUGGGAGAAGGAGAUUUUUCAACUCCUCUUCCCUCUGAGGCUCACUGACCCUCAGGGACAUAUUUUUGGGAGGCAUAGAGCACUUCAAAGAGAAGGGAGAUUGUCAAAAAUCACCCUACUCCCAUUGUAUGACAGAAAACACUGGUGUGUCAGUGCAGUGCUAGUCUGGAUGUCAGCCACUACGCAUAGAUUUUAUGUGAGUUGAACAUAACACGUGAAUAGGGCUAUAGUCAAGUACCUGUGUUUGUGAUAAUGUGAACAGGUUAAUUGUACUCUUAUUUAAACUGUGCAGAGGGGAGUUAGCUCAUUUUUCUUCAUUGCAUGGAUUGAAUAUGUGCAUAGUACAUCAGUCAUGUGCACCAAACCAUCAAGAGCAAAUAAUACCAGCAUGCAAGCUUCCAGUAUGAGAAACUCAAUACAGCUUAUCAUGGGCAUACUGGCUAGUUGUGCUCCUAGUGGCUAAAUCAGUCUGUCAUGAAUACAUUGACUCUAGUACUAUUGCUAUAACAGUAGUUCUAUACAGGGGAAAACCUCAGUUGCAUGAAUUGAAAAGUAAAUCCCCAAAGUAUUUUGGUAAUUUGUAAUGAUUUUUUUAAAAAAAAUAAGCUGAAAUCACACUAAUAUCCAAGAACUGCAGCAAAAAUAACUUCACAUCUGAGAAUCACUUUAAAAAAAAACAACCAUUAAAAAUCAAUGGAUGGACUGAUUUGCUUGAAAUUAAAUGCACAGAAUGCUGCCAUCCUCUACUACCUGUGUGCCAAAUUUUAGAGAUCUCUGCCCAGUCAUUACAGCCUUUGCGGGUUUUUCUCUUUUCCCCAUAGAUGGCUCUUUGCCGGGGUGGGUGGGGGGGUUAACAAGGUGUCAUUGUGCACUCCACUGGGUUAAAAAAUUCAAAAGGAUUUUCAUAAUAUAAACCAUUUUAAUCGGUUAUGCCAUGCACUCAUCUUUUUAAUUAAAAUAAAGCUGCAGUUGCUGUUUAGUUCAGUUGAAAUCCAGUCCUGCCACAACAGUACACACAUCCGGUCCCUCAACCCUGUGGGAGGUUCCCCCUCCCCCCCCCAUCUUCUGGGCCCCUUGUUUGAUUAGCUUCACGUCCUCUUUUUGUAGGAAACUGUGUAUUGAGUUUUCUCUCACAUUGCUUCAGUAAACAGUAGUAUAUUUUUCCCGGUAAUUUCCUCCACAACAUUCCAUGUAGAAAAAAGUCAUUUCUAUAAUUUUGUACAUGUAGUUUUAUACUGCUUCCCCCUCGCCCCGCCAUGUCUGCUCAUUCAAGUACUGUAUUUGGGUUUCAAAAAACCAGAUGUCGCCCUUCUGAUGCAGUAAUAAUCUCCCUGUGUGAAGUCGUAGACAGACAAUCAAAUGUAUCCAACAGUUGUAUUAGAGCACAUUUGACGGGAUUCAUACUCUUAACAUUGUUUGACUGCCACAAGCGAAGCAGUAUAUGUAAUCCAUGUUGUGUUAACAAGCUAGUUUGUUUUUAUUUCAACUCAUAUGAAGAGGGGGAAAAUGCACAUAUUUAUUUUUUCAAAAUAAAUUCUGUGAACAAAAACGGUCUUAGCUCUCCCACCCUAUUGCCUGUCACCUUGGAUAGGAUUCUGAGUGAGGCCUUGAGAGCACUGAUUGGCUAUUGGGCAGUGUGUAUGGGAAAAGAGGGAAUGAACUUGAGGGCAACAGUUAAAUAAAAUAUCUGAGUUAA